AUGCAGCAGUCCCGCACGAAGCAGCAGUCAGGCACGGAGCAGCAGCCCCGCACAAAGCAACAGUCGGGCACGAAGCAGCAUUCCCGCACGAAGCAGCAGUCAGACACGGAGCAGCAAUCCCGCACGAAGGAGCAGACGGGCACGAAGCAGCAGUCCUGCACGAAGCAACUGUUGGGCACAAAACAGCAGUCCCGCAUGAAGCAGCAAUCGGGCACAAAGCGGCAGUCCCGCACGAAUCAGCAGUCGGGCACGGAGCAGCAGUCCCGCACGAAGCUGCAGUCGGGCACAAAGCAGCAGUCCCACACAAAUCAGCAGUCGGGCACGAAGCAGCAGUCUCGCAUGAAGCAAGAGUCGGGCUCAAAGCAGCAGUCCCGCACGAAGCAGCAGUCGAGCACGGAGCAGCGGUCGGGGACAAAGGAGCCUUCUGUAGUGUCGAUGCAUAUCCUGGGUGGAGAGCAGCUAAACACAGGAGAUCAGGGAUCUCUUCCUGUGAUUAAAGAGGAAGAAGCUGAUCAGAGGAGGACGGUCAAGUAG